GUUUGUCGCAGGUGUUUCUGUUUUCAUCACCUGGAUGGUGAAGCUGCACUUUAACAGGACCAGAAGUUGGUUUGUUGUAGUUUUCCGCUGUGAAAGUCGAUCCACGGCGUCAUUAAAGUUUCAGAGAGCGAGUCUCGCUCGAGUGGGUCAGAAGAACAGCAGAGCAGGGGAACCAACUGGGCCCACUGGGAACCAACUGGGAACAAACUGGGCCCACUGGGAACCAACUGUUCACAGAACCAGAACCCCGAAGGCAGGACUCAAUAUUGGUUCUGCAAAUUAUGAAUAUUUUGCUGGUUUUAAAGCACAAAUGAAGGUGGAUUUUACCACAAUGUGUUUGAAGCCAUAAUUAUUUUAAUGUAGAAAAUCCAAAUCCUGCAGAUCUUCUAACCGCUGAGGAUCCUGUCAGUAAAAACAAACAAGAUGCAACUUUGAUCACUGAGCUAGAAAACAACUGAGGAGGAAGAGAAGAAGAAGAAGAAACAGGAACACCUGGACUAGAUUUGUUGCAAAAUAUUUUCUGAAUUGAUUCAGAAACAGACACAAGCAAUAACCUUUGACCCGUAUUGACUAAAAUUAUACAGAACAAACAGCAAAUAAGUUUCAUAUUAUUGUAAAAUAAUGAAUGAAAACCCAGCAGGUCCACAGGAACCGCAGCAGGAUGUUAAAUCAGAGGCUGAAGGACCAAACAGACCUGAAAUAAAAGUGAAAUCAUCUCAGCAAGGAGAGAUAAGAGUUGGAAACACUUCUAGGCUUUUGCUGUGCUGAACUGGAACCAGUUCAGGAAUGUGGUACCAGUGUUAAUGGAAACCAGCAGAACCGCUCCGUUCCAGCAACCUCCAUCUGAAAUCCAUCUGAGCGUUUAGUGAAUUUCUCCAGAUUUACCACAACAUGUCGUUUUGUGUCUUCAUAGCUUCUCUCCUCUUCCUCUGGGUUCUGGUUCUGGUGCGGUCCGGGUGAGACUGGAGCGAUGGCAGGCAGGCUGUGAAGCUCGUUAACAUCAGCAGGUGAUCAGCAGGUGGAGCGAUGGCAGCGUGGCUGGGUCGGCUGUCGCCGGGCGAGGCCUGGUUCGCCAUGAGCUCCCGCCUGCUGAGGACCAAACCCGUGGGCUCCAUGGCCCACGGCGCCGACGACCUCACCGAGCUGCCGGAGGGCGCCGCCGCGGGGCUGGCCAAGGUCCUCACCACCCUGGACCUGGUGUCGCUGGGCGUGGGCAGCUGCGUGGGCACCGGGAUGUACGUGGUGGCCGGGCUGGUCGCCAAGGCGAUGGCCGGGCCAGGGGUCAUCCUGUCCUUCAUCAUUGCGGCGCUGGCCUCCAUACUGUCAGGAGUUUGCUACGCAGAGUUCGGAGUCCGGGUCCCUAAAACCACGGGCUCGGCGUACACCUACAGCUACGUGACGGUCGGCGAGUUUGUGGCGUUUUUCAUCGGCUGGAAUCUGAUCCUGGAGUAUCUGAUCGGCACGGCGGCCGGGGCGUCGGCUCUCAGCAGCAUGUUCGACUCGCUGGCCAAUCACAGCAUCAGUAACUACAUGAUAACACACCUGGGCACGCUCAGAGGACUGGGUAAAGGUGAGGACACGUAUCCCGACCUGCUGGCCCUGUUCAUCGCCCUGCUGGUCACAGUGAUCAUCGCCCUCGGUGUGAAAAACUCUGUGGGCUUCAAUAACGUCCUAAACGUCGUCAACGUCGUUGUCUGGGCCUUCAUGAUCAUCGCCGGGCUCUUCUUCCUGUCAGCUAGCAACUGGGAGGGCGGCAGGUUCCUGCCGUACGGCUGGUCCGGGGUCAUGAAAGGUGCAGCUACGUGUUUCUACGCCUUCAUUGGGUUUGACAUCAUCGCAACAACUGGAGAGGAGGCGAAAAAUGCCAACACAUCCAUCCCUUACGCCAUCACCGCCUCGCUGGUCACCUGCCUCACCGCCUACGUCUCGGUGAGCGUGAUCCUCACUCUUAUGGUUCCCUAUAACCUGAUCGAUGGCUCUGCUCCACUCAUGGAGAUGUUUGCUGUUCACGGCUUCAUAUGGGGAAAAUACACCGUGGCUGUUGGCUCCAUAGCUGGACUCACAGUCUCACUGCUGGGCUCCUUGUUCCCGAUGCCAAGGGUCAUCUAUGCCAUGGCCCGCGAUGGUCUGUUGUUCAGGUUCCUGACGCAUGUCUCAGCUCUCACACACACUCCAGCGGUGGCGUGUGUGGUGUCGGGAAGCUUCGCGGCCGUUCUGGCUCUCCUGGUGAGCCUCCAGGACCUGAUCGAGAUGAUGUCCAUUGGCACUUUGCUGGCUUACACUCUGGUUAGUGUGUGUGUGCUGCUGCUUCGCUACCAGCCCGACAAAGAGACAGACACACACCAGUUUAUCUCAGAGGAAGACGUGGACAACAUCAAGGACGUUGGAGAUGAACCUACCAAAGACGACCACAUCAUGAUGGAAGGCUCCAACCGUGACGGAUCCUCCUACCACGCUGGUGGGACUGAAGGCGAAUCAGAUGACUCGCAUUUUCACACCGGACCUCCCUCUCUGUUGAAAAGACUUCUGGGCGGCCAUUACUACACCCUGCGACUCCGGCUGGGAAUCCCCGACUCAACGGCACGCCCAACCCCGGCCUCCGGCCAGAUCGUGACCAGAUGCACCCUGUCCCUCUUCUUCAUGUCCUUCCUCUUCUGGUCCACCGUCAUAUUUGGUGUGGAGCAGGGUUCAGGCGCCGCAGCGGUGUUUUCCGGCCUGAUGGCGACUCUGAUGCUGGGAUCACUGGCGAAGCUCCUGAUGCUCAUCAUACAGCAGCCGGAGAGCAAGCAGAGGCUGCCCUACAUGGCGCCGUGUGUUCCCUUCGUUCCUGCAGCGGCCAUUUUGGUUAACAGUUACCUCAUGCUAAAACUGUCCUCUCUCACCUGGGCCAGGUUCACUAUCUGGUGUCUGAUAGGCCUGCUGAUCUAUGGCUGCUACGGCGUUUGGCACAGCACCUUGGAGCUGGAUGCCCGCGAGCAGCAGGCCCACGCCAGCUCCUACCGUCGCUACGACGACAACCUGGAUGACACCUUCUCCCCUGACGACGACCUUUACCCCCAGGAGCAGGACGAGAGGCCCUACCAGGGCUGGUCCGCCCCGGAGGAGAGCCGGCACCGCCACCAGAACCAGGGCCAGGAGGAGGAGCCAUAUGAGAGCCAGGGAGAGGAUGACGGGGACCAGCAGGGGUACCAGUCUGGAGCCGGAGUCCAGAACCCGACCAGAGGCAGCAGGUCCAGAGGACGGACCAACUUUGGGUUUGAUGAUGAAGAUGACUGAAUUGAGGACUGAAACUGUUAUAAAAAUGUUGUAUAUCAAAUAUGACUGUAAAGAAAUUUAAUUAGUAAUUUUACACCUUGAAAUUAGGUCUCUGUCUCUUUAAAAUCUCCUGCUCUUUCUGAAACUCCGCCUCCAGGAAGUCAUCCCAACAUAGCUCCUCUAUUAACCCUUUAACAACGUUUUCACCUGCGCUGCUCUGAGCAGUAAUGCGCAGCUCCACCAGAUGUUUGCUAAUUGCUGCUGGCUAGUCUGAAGGAGCUCAGGGGGAGGAGCUGCGCCUCAAAGGCAGGGCAAAGUCCAGGCUUCUUGCAGCUGAAUGGUUGCCAUGGAGAUUGAAGUAUUUCUCAAACACACAAGAAUCAAGAAGAUUUUAGAUGAUGCUGCCCCUUUACUGAUGAUCCUUUGCAGAUCAAUCAGUCAUUUUAGAAGUUUUAUUCAAACCAAGGCAGCCAUCUUUUGGUUUGCUCCAUGUUGACGGACAUGACGGGCUCAAACUGAGCCUCUGAGACCACCAACAGUCUGGUUUAAAGAAGAAUCAUCAUCGUCUUUCAGCAGAAACAUCCUGACAGCAAACCACUCAGUGUCUUCAUGGUUUCUGGUUUACAGUUUGUAGAAACUGAACCAGAGGGGAAACUCUGACUGCUGACUAAAGUUCUUAUGAGAGACUAAAAUCUGACAGUAUUUGUCUUUCUUUGUGUGAAUAAUCAGUUCAGGUGUGGACUGCUUCACCCAGCUCUAAUUUAUUUAUAAUUUUCUUUAUUUAACUGCAUCUCGGUCAGAAGAAGAUUGUGUUCUUGGUUGAUGUUUGGUUUAUUUACGGUAUGAUUGGUUUUGUUGUUUGUGUUUUUUCCUUUAACCUUCCUCUGUGUUUUGAUUGACGGGUUCUUACUGGUUCUGUUUCUGCUGGAGGUUUCCUGUUGAAAGGUGUUGUUUCUUUCCACUGUCGCCACAUGCUUGCUCAGGAGACAGGAUUACUGCUAACAGCGGGUCCUCGCUUAGACGCCUUUCUAAUGAUUUGAAUUAAAUGAUCAACUUACUUUGAUUGUCUUGCAGAAGUUUUCACACAGCUUGAAGUUCAAAUUAAUUUUCAUAAUUUCAAGUUGCGUAAUUUGAUGUUCAGUGGAAAUGCAGCUUCUGUUGCUUUGCAGAAAUCGGAACCAGUCUAUAAUCUAUUGAUAAUCGAUGGAUUAAUGAUGGAUCAUCAUAAAGACCUGAGCAACGAUUCCAG